AUGGUCCAACUUGUCGAGGUCGAGGACGAGCACUUCCAGCAGCCGCAGCCCGGCCCGGAGGAAGACGAUGAGGACUUCACUGACACCGACUCCGAAAUCUCCAUCGACUCGCACUACGACCCGUCCUCGGAGACGCUCGCCGAGCGCCUCGCCGCGCUGCGCGACAUGGUGCCGGCCACGACGCGCGGCUGGAUCUCGCACAAGUGCGCGCGCACGGCGGACGCGGUGCGCACGGCGCUCUCGCUGGCCGGGCGCGCCGCCUGGGCCGUGUCGGUCAGCGCGCUGCUGGUCGGCGUGCCGUUCGCGCUGGCCCACGGCGAGGACCAGAACUUCGCCGCCAUGGAGCAGGAGCAGCGCAUGCGCGAGCUCGGCGGCGAGGUCCUCACCGCCGGCGGUGGUGCGGGGAGCAAGCAAGGAGGGGGCGGCAUGACGGCGGAGGAGAUUGGGCGUGCCCUGGGCGGGACGGCCGGCGGAAGGGCGGAGGCCAGGGCGGCGCUUUGAUUGGGGUUGAAGAAGGGAGGAAAGGAAGAUGCGAGGAGACGGGAGAGGGACUGGACUGGGGUGCGAGGGGGAGAUUGGGAAUGGGUAAGGGUGCGGCGAGUGGGAAGAGGGAACGGCGCUGACACUCUGAAGCAAGUAAAGCAAAAAGGUCUUUGCUUGCGCAGACAUGGCUGGUCAGUUCGCCUGCGGCUGCGUCGUAGCAGGAAAGGGUUCCUGCUGCACGGGAGCAGGAAAACGACACCAGCACCACGUUAUUACUGACAGCCCUCCCUUCCCCCCCACCCAAAACGGAGGCCCGUCCUUGGCCAUACCCUGCCUUCCCUCAGUUGUCUAUGUAUACUAUCUCGUCGGCUCCGUGGUGGGCGCGUCGGCGGGUCUUUCUAGUGUGUUAAUACUCUUACAUUCUUACAUGUUCUUGAUCUGUUGGAGCCAGGAAGUGGAGGCGGGGGGAAAGCACAUGGAUGAACACAUCUACGGUAGUGGGCCAAGGGCAAGCAAGGUCGGGCGUUUGCGUAUUCCAUAUAGCAAUGCGCAUUAUACGAACUCUCAUCUCCUGUUC